GGUUCUCCCUCCCCACAGCUCUGCUCGUAGUGCUGGGCGGGGAGGAGUCCUGGGCGGAGCAGGAGAAGCCGGGGCUGCCAGCGCCGCCGCCUCUGCAACGAGGACCCAGGAGCCGAGCCCAGGACGGGGGGUCCCUCGUGCCCGCAGCGUCCAUCGGCAGUGCGGAGCCGAGGUGGAGCUGGAGCCUUGGCCGCGGGGCUGGCCCCUCCCUGCCCGGUGCGGGGGGUAGCACCGGGAUGAAGAGACGCACCGCCACCUGCUGGACUCUCCUCCUGCUGGCUGCCUUCUUCUGCGACAGCGUCACCUGCAAGGGUGGGCGGGGCGGAGCGCGGGGGGCGGCCCGUGGCCGGGGCAUGGCCCGCAGCCGAGCCAAGGCUGCCCCUCGCUACGGCUCCUCAGGAGCGGGGCUGCGGGUGGCGGCAGCGGCGGCGGCGGGUGCGGCGGCAGGCGUGGCGGCAGGAGCGGCCCACAGGAGGAUGAGGAUCUCCGGAGAGUUUGGUCCAGAUGACGGCUCUGAGUUCCAGGAAGGCAACAGGACGGGCAGCAGCGUGUACAGCUACCGGUCGUGGACCUCGGCUGCCCGGGCCCAGGACACGGCGCACCUUGCCAUCUCCCUCUGCCUGGUGACUGGCUUCUUCCAGCUCCUUCCCCUGUAAGGGCCCACGGCGCCCGACCCACCCUCCAUGUGUUGGAGCCGGCAGAGCGCCACCUGCUGGGCCCGGGCAGCACCAGCCCCAUCCAGCUGCAUCUGCCCCAGCCCCCUGCAGGCCAAGUGGCUCUCCUGCCUGCCGCGGGGCUGGAGCAGCCUGCACUGCCCAACGGGCUGGAGCUGGAGCAGCAGCCAGCAAGGCAACUGGGGCAGUGCCCCAGGGCCUGAUCCCACUGGGGCUUUGCUCUUGGCUGUGAUGAGGGCAAGUGGUGCAGCCCGAGGCCCCCAGCAGGGGGACCUGGAGCAGCUGCUGUGGGUAGCGUGAGGUUGCCGGGCACUGCCAUCACUGCAGCUUGUGACGUCCCCACUCAUGCUGAUUGACAUGGACAUUUCCCAAAGCACUGGCCCUGUCAGCCUGUGCCACGAGGGGCAGAGUCUUGACUCACAGGGUGGGGUGGGGCCAGGGCCCGCAGGAUAAGGCAGAGCAUGAGGGGCGGAGCCUGGGUCAACAGGCUGGGGUAGGGCCAUGGGUGCCAGCUCCCUGUCUUGGGGCCCCACUCUCCUGCCGAACUGGGGUAACAUGGAAGGGAGGCCAGAGCGGCCCUGUGUGUCCUGUGGGGGCUGUGGUGAAGGCCGGCUGGGGUGGAGCUGCAUGGUGAGGGAAGCAGCUCCACUCUGUCAGUGCCAAUGUGGAGCAGGAUCUCCUGGGGGAGGGGGAGGAAGGGGUGUGGGGAUCUGGGACUCUGGGCCAGUCUGUCCAAGCAUGUGGGGGGUCGGAGCUGGGUGUGAUGCGGGAGUCCACGUCCUCCUGGCUUGAACCCCAACCGCUGGCACUGACUCAGGCUGGUGAGGAUGGUGCCGGUUGAUUCCACAGAUGGAGGCAACGAUUAGAGCCAGCUGCUCCCAAACCGGAGAUGAGUCCCCUGGCUCCUUUACACCCAAGGGCCCUCCUUGCCCAGCCGCCGCUUCCUCAGCACUCCCAGAACACCCCCGCCCUCCCCAGACUGCCGGACACUGGCUGAAGGGGUCUGAGCCCCACUGAUCUCAGCAGCGCCCACCAGGAUGGACUGGCUCCUGCCAACUCACUGCCCAAAUGGGGCCUGUCGAGCCAGGCUGCUCGGGGAGAAGCCUGAACAGCACUACCAGCCGUAGCCCUGCCUUGGGAGCCGCUCAGCUGCAGGUUGCCCUGACUUACGCCCUGGCUGAGCUGUGCAGCCAUGCAGAGCUGUACUGUGUUUCUGGCCCAGCCGAGCCACCUCCCAGCAAAUACGCCAGCUGCUUUCGAUAGGGCUGUGAAGCGGGUGCCCAUUGCGGUGCAGUGCCACCACGGGGAAGGGUGGGCUCAGGUUUGCACAUACAGCAGAAGGUCAGUCUCUUGGUUUUGCAUGAAAACCACGGUGCCUCAGCCCCAAAACCUCUGUGCCUAAUCACAGCACAGCACGGGCACAUCGGAGGUGUUCCAGGAAAAUCGAUCCGUUGGCGUUCCAACUGCUGAUCGGUCAGAAAUUGGCCCCAGAAUGAGUUCCCACUCUGAAUGCCCUGAUUUUGCAGGCCCCUCUAGCUUGAGAACGACACAGAAUAGGAAGUCCAGAAGGCGGGUGGCAGAGCGAUCAGGCAGAGGGAGGGGAGCGGUCUUUGCGCUCAGCCUUCAUUUGUUAAUUUACAAAAGGGGAUUAGAGGGUUGGGUCACAGUGGUUGAUUUGUCUUGUCCCGGUUAGCCAAAGGGGCCAUGGUUUAGUGUCCUGAUUCGUGGGGGGAGGCCAUGGUGCAGGAGAGCUGGGAGGGGUUGGGACAAAGCCGGUGCACCACCUCAUCCCCUGCAGAGGAGGCUGCCCUUGGGGCUCUGGGGAAGUGAAGACCCUGUAUCCUCUGGAGCAGGGGAGGGGUUUAGGGGAAUGCCCCCCCCAUUCAGGCUGGGUUAGUGCUGGACCCGGCCCCAGCUGAAGAAAAUGCAAAGAUUUCAAGCCAAAUGUGGGCAAUGCACAGGAAUGCUGGUCUUCACCCGGCUCUCUGGGACACAGGGUAGACACCUGCUUCCUUUGCAGCCACACGCUCAGCAGGCCUCCUGGUGCACUGCCAGGCUGCCAGUGCCCCCCACCCUGUAGCCUUGGGGAAGGUGCACUGAGCUGAGAGGCAGGAACUCAUGAGCUCAGUGCUCCUUUCUCCUGCCUGCGGUCAUAUUGCCGUGCACUCCCCAGAGCCUAUUCUCCCCCCGCCCCCACCUUGCACUCCAACCCCAGGAGGCAGUCAAGUAGUAACCCUACCCCCUCUUACUAUGGUAACCGAUGCACAGGGUCACUUCAAGCAAAUUGGGACUAACACCCCAGCCUCUGGCAUGACUGACCCAAACUCAGCCACGCUGUCUGGCAGAGUGAAUGUGCCAAAUAUACGUGCUUUGGCUACCCUAUCCCUCACCAUGAGACGACACUCCCCUCCAAGGGCAGGGAGAGGACCCAGGAGUCCUGUGUCCCGUAUUCCCACGCUGUCUAGCAAAUGGUCAAGUGUACAUCCCUUCCCCCUCGAGUGGCUAGUCCCCAUAGGAAAGCCAGUGGCACUGGCAGAGGUGUGUGCUAGGUCUCCAACAGGCCAGAGCUCAACCCUGCUGGCUGCCACAGCAGCGAUGGUUUCCAGCCUGUUCAGUGCUGUAAAUGGCAGAGCCCCAUGCAACAUGCUGCAGGUACCGCCAAUACAGUCACGCGUCCCAUGGUGGCAGGUUAGGGAUGAGCUUACUGAGCCUUGGCCAGCAGCUGUGCUGCCUGCUGAGCCACUAGUAGGUUUGGGAAGCCGCUGCAGCGGGAAACUCCUCUGGUACCAGCCAGCGUGUUUGCCAGUGAGCUCUGGGCACCGGCUGAGGGAGAAACUGGGCUCAAGUGACCGAGGAGCUGAUUGGGGAAGUGCCCAUGGGAGGGGAGGAAACUGCCCCCAGUUCCACUUGGGGGUAAAGAGGGCAGGAAACAGGCAGAUCCACGUGGGGAUCCAGAUUGGUUGGAAGCCAGCUCCAGAGUUACAGGCCCUGCUCUGGCUCCAGCUCGCAGCCUGGGGGCCUUUCCCAGCACAGCCAGGAGAGUUAAUACAGUCUCAGUCCUUGCAGCUUUUCCACAGGGGGUGGGGGGAAGAGUGCUCUCCCCAACAUCUGGGAGGCUCCACCCUGGAGGGGGGCAGAUCCCCCUGCUCUGCACGGGCCAGGGGAGGGGGCUCCAUGCUCCCCCCCCCCCAGGCUCACCCUCAGCUGUCCAUCAAACAGCUUGGCUUCCCCACAUGCCGUCAGGUGUGCUGCCUGGCAUUGGCACAGAUGCACAAGCUCUGGCCCCUGAGAGCAGGCUGUUCAUGGAAUCACUGCACUUGGGGCACAGGGGUUCUGGGCUUUUUUAAAAAAAUGCCCUCUACAUUUUGGACCAAACUCCCCCACCACCCCCACUUAACCCACCAGCAGCCAGAGGCAGGAUGCAGGAGGUAGAUUGGCACUAAGCUAUUUCUUAGUGCCCUAGGACUGGUGGGAAUCCCCCCAGGCCCUGCCUGGCAGGCUGGGCUUCAGGCACAGUCUAGACAGCCCCUGCGAGCGGCCAGCUCGCUGUAUGUGCAUGUGAACAGUGUAGUUAUGACACCCCCUCCUCUCCAUGCAGAGCCCUGCCCCAGCCCCUUUGCCAGGCCUAAUGCCAGCCCACCCAGCAAGCAGGGGGCCGUAUGUUCUUGCACUCCCGUUUUUAAUGUUCCUUGUUUGUAAUGGUUUUAUACGUGUGUUCACGGUGACGUGGAAAUAAAGUCUAGGAGGAGA